AUGCGUUCCAGCAUCUGCGUCUCGCCGAGAGCGUUCCGGGGGUGCCCAGGCGCAGACAUCGGACGGUUUCGGCGGUUCCUGGAGGUGUUCCUGCUUGGGGAUGCGUUCCAGCAGCUGCGCCUCGCCGAGAACGUUCCCGGGGUGCCCGUAUCGUCCCGAGCAGCCGCCGGAGGCCCGAAGCAUGACCCGAGAACCACCAGGCGUCGAGGAGCCCCAAACGGUGUGGUGACCACCGCGUGGUGGGUCCAUGGGGAUUCGGUGUCACCGCACGGUUUUGGAACUCGGGCCGUUGUCCGAGGACGCCUGUUGCGAUCGGGGCUUCCAGGCGUCCCAGAACCGUGCGGUGACGGACUGCGCGGUGAUGUCUUUUGGGAUGCCGAGGUCACCGCACAGUCUGCCACCAAACGGCUUGGGGACCUCCGAAGACAGCCUGCAGAGGAAGCCCCAGCCAGCCUCGGGAAUUGA